CGCCGUGCACGUGGCCCACUCACCAGUCACCGCUGGCGUUGUGUACUUGAUCUCUCUUUCCUAGGCUGAGUAUCCCACAUCAGCAAGCAUGGAUUUCAAGGGGCAAAUGCUGGCAGAGAACCUCUACUUUUACAUCAUUAUUUUACUGGGGGCUGUGGGGUGGGUCGUCGGCUUCGUCAUGGGAGAUUUCAUGUUCACGCUCGCGGGAUGGGGGGCCGGGAUGGCGCUGUCUAUGAUUCUUGUGGUGCCAGACUGGCCGAUGUUCAACCGUAACCCAACCAAGUGGUUGGACCGGUUGCCUCCGAGGGAAGGGGUCAUGCCCGUAGGAGCAGCAGCAGAGGACGAGGAGUAAAAUUGAUUGCGUUGUAUUUGAGUGACCAACUUCUGGACGUAGGCAGCUCGGAAGCGGGAUUUUCAGAAGUGGAGACUGCGGGCGGCGAGAGGGUGUAUGCUGUUAUGGAAUGAACCGCAGGCGUGACGCUGUUUUUCUUUGCACGUGUAAACCAUGCAGCAAUCCGAGGAACGCCAAGGGUAAAAAUUGGGGGCUCAUUUCGUCGAAUUUCCAAACAAGGCGGCCACAAAUCGAUCCUGGCUUUGCGUUCGUCUGCCCCCUCUUCCAGCAUGGGGGGAGUGGUGGGCCGUCGGCAUUGACGGGAAAAAGUCGAGGCAAUACCAAGCGAGCAUACCGCAUUUUGCCUGUAACGGUUCCCGCAAUUUUUGGUCUACGUAUCGCCUGGCUUGGGCUUGGUGCGAACUGUCGACACUAGGCACGCUCUCUAUGUGGUCGGCGGGGAGCAGACUCGAGCUGACUUCGGACGACGUGAUUCGGAGGCGCGGGUUUGCUGUGCCGAAAGGACGAAAUGACGGUGGGGGGGACGACUAGAGGCCCUGCCAACUUCCUCAAAAUAGAAACGGCGGGGCAUGGCCGUAUUACCCUCUUACUUCCGUUGUAUUGAAUGGCCGAAACAGACACACGCGAAAAACCCGUGUACGUCCAACAAUCCAAACAAAAUGACUCCAUCAAUAAGCUUCCACCCCCGAUGAGGCAGGUCCUUGGAGGCUUCAGUGAUGCCCAUUCGCGUGGUGGACUUCCCUCCGACGACCCUGCGUGCACAACUCUUUCCGGCAGUCGAGCUACGGCGACACCAUGGCACUGGCUAAAAGUGGUUGCCAGAUCUCCGAUGUAUGCAUAGGCAUACUUCCAGCGAGAGGCAAAUGGUCACACAGCUUCCGUCGGCACGGAGCUGUGGUGAAACCCCGCCCCCACCGCCCCUCCCCCAUUCUUCCC